AUGAUCAAAAGAUGUUUAGCCUUCGCUCAAAUCUUAUGCGUCAUAACUGGCAUAAGUACUUCAGCUCGAGCCAUGGAACAAAUUUAUGGCAUGGAAACGCCACUUAAUAACACUGAAUCAAACAACAGCUCACAUAUCUCCAGUCAGCAAAGUCCUAUUGUAUUCGGCCAGCCUUUUCCUAGUAUAACUACAGUUUCAUUCAAAUUUUCGCGUUACGGAAAGAUUGCCAUUGGUGGUCGCACAACUAUAAUCAAAUUGUCCACAGGAAAAUUGGCGGUUUUCUCUCCAGGUACUCUCACACGCGACGUAGAAGAAAAAAUACAGUCGCUCGUACCUGAGUGUAGUCAUGUGAAAGAUUGUGAUCCUGUUGGUUACCUAAUCGCCCCUGAUUUAGAACACCACUUGUAUCUCUCUGCCUGGGCCACUGCUUUUCCCAACGCCCAUGUUAUCGGCAUGCGGAAUUUAGUAUCAAAACGAAAUAACCAGCGUAUUUUGGAUCCAUCACUAACGCAAAUUCAUUGGCAUACAAUUUUUACCGCCGAAAACAAACAGUCAAUAUCAAUUUCACCGGAGCUAGAUCAGGACUUUGAUUAUGAGUUUGUAGAUGGGCAUAAAAAUGAAGAGCUAGUUUUCUUUCAUAAAGUAACCAAAACACUUAUCGAGGCUGAUUUACUAUUUAACCUACCUGCAAAAGAGCAGUACUCUGAAAUAGAAUUAAAAUCACCAAAUAAACUUACAAAAUUCGCAAAUAAGAUGCUAUCAACCACAGGUGCUGCUCGGGGGCAAAAGUUUAUGGUACGCUUCGCAUUUACCAAAGAUCGCUCUAGCUAUAAAAAAAGUGUCAAGCGUAUUGGCUCCUGGGAUUUUCAAAAUAUCAUACCAUGUCACGGCGAGGUCAUACUUCAAAAUGGAAAAGAAAUAUUCCAAAAAGUAUACAUUGGUUAUUUAAAAUAA